AUGGCUCUUCCGAUCGGUUCGUUGUUGCUGUGCUCCGUUGUACACGAGCUGCCUCCCCAGGCCGUUGCUGGCGCCAUCGCUGGCGCAACUGCUGCAGCCGCAUACAUCGACGCCAAAUACCACUUCAGCAAAGACAUAUCAGCCCUGCGCGCUCAAAAGGCGACGCAGCGCGCGUUUGAGAAGAAUGCACGAGGACGAGGCCAGUCUCCCUGGUACCAAUUCGAAGCACAAGUCCAGCGCCUGCCCGCACACGACGAAGCCAUCUGGUCCCGCAAUGGCUGCUACACCUGGGCCGAAACCUACGCCAACGCCUGCCGCUAUGGCCAAUACAUGCUGCAGAACGGCGUGCAGUCGGGUGAGCUCGUCGCCAUGUACAUGACAAACCGCCCGGAAUUCCUCUUCACACACCUCGGCUCGUGGUCGAUUGGCUCGGCGCCGGCGUGGAUCAACUACAACUUGGCGGGCGACUCGCUGGUGCAUUGCUUCAAGAUUGCGGGCGCCAAGGUCGUCAUCGUUGAUGAGGAUGCCGAGUGCCCGGAAGAGGAUCGAGGAUGUGAGGGAUCGGGUUGGGAGGGCGAGCUGGGUAUGACGAUCAAGGGUGCUGGAUCAGCGGGCUGA